UCAGCAGUCAGGAUCAGGUGGGACCCGUUAUCACAAAAUAAAUGACAAAAUAGAAAUUUUUCUCUCCAGCCCAAGUUAAUAUUAAUUUAUAACGACGUACAAAUAAGUAUAUAAUUAAUAAUUUAAGUCUGACCGUUAUGUAUUUUGCUUGUAUGUUAUCAAAAAAGGAAUAAGUAUGAUGGACUCGGGCAAACUGGCUAACUUGGACACACUGCCCAAUGAUGUGUUGCUUAUCAUUUUGAGGCAGACUUCUGCCACUGACUUUGUAUAUUCAUUGCCGGUAGUUUGCGAUCGUUGGGCAAACCUCAUCUCAUCAGAUACUCAUACUUUAAAUCGCAUCGGAGUAUGGCAGCAUCCCUUAAGUAAAGUCUCAUUCUUUUAUCUACGCUACAAAAAUGAACAUUUGAUCAAUCAUACAGUUAAAGAACAUGAACAAUUAUUUAGGUCAGGCGAGGUUCUACAAAUGAUUGAUUACACUUGUGUGUUUGAAUUAAGUAUACAGUAUUUUACCAUAUAUGAGCAUCUGAAAACGUUGGUGAUUUCUAACAGUCUCCAAACAUACCGUACGCAAGGAUUCCUAUGGCUAGAUCAUUUGGUGGCAUUAACCUUUUAUGAUGUUAAAAUCUGCGACAGCGACAUGUACACUUUAAAUGAACUAUCUAGUGUUUACCCAAACGUACAAAACCUUUCUUAUGUCAACUGUAGGCUUUCAAUUCAGACGAACAUGAAUUUCCUACAUAGUGGUUUUAAAAAAUUAAAGCGGUUUCGUAUGGAUCAUUAUUCCAUUAGCGACAGAACAUUGAAAACAAUAUUAACUAUACAUCCUGAUUUGGAAACCAUUGUGUUCAAGCUGUGCACAUUAAUGAGUGAUAGUUGGUUAGAAACUAUAAUGGAUCAUCUUGGAGAAAGGAAAAUUAUUAAUCUAGAAAUCCAUAGCUCAUAUUUUACAGACAAGUGUGUUGAGAAGUUUUUGGCGAGUAAAGUUGUUACCAACACAUCAAAUGUUCACAUCUAUAAAAAUAAACACGACGAUCCGUUUUCUAUUACAAUGGCCUAAAUACAUUCUUUCUAUGUAUUGACAAAAAUUUAUUGUAACUUCUUUGUGUUAAAAAGAUUAAUAUAAGAAUUAGUUUUUAUUUUUUUAAAUUAAUAUAUAUAUAUAGAUAGAUUGAUACAUGUGUCUAACAUAUUGUUGUAUUUUAAUUUUUAACACUUCAGUGAUAAAUGAUAAACCUUUAACUUUUAAUAACAAUAAUGCCAAACAUCUUUUUAUUAAAAAAAUCAAUAGUUCUUGUAAAAAUUGAUUCAAUGCAUUACAAAAAUAACUUGCCCGAGACUACUAAAUUAUCAGUAUUCAUUUUUUUAAUCUGUGAUGUAGACAUUCAAAUAGUAACUGUAUAUAAUAGC